AAUCUAUAGGCAGUACUUGGUCGACUGGCGAUCGAAUUUCAACAGAGGGCGAAAUAUAUACAUUGGGAUUAUCAAUAAUGUCUGGAACAUUACCGGCCACAUAUGUCAAGGGUUUCCACGAUGAGGCAAAGGUGCGGCGAAUGGAGUACCGCAGCCUCGGGAAGACCGGCCUGGAAGUCUCGAAAGUCUCUUUCGGAGGCGGCGCCCUCUGCGCCAACUAUGGCUUUGAUCUUGAAGAAGGCAUCCAGACAGUUCAUGAAGCGCUGAAAUCGGGCAUAAAUUAUAUAGACACGGCCCCCUGGUACGGACAGGGUCGUUCGGAGGAGGUCCUCGGCAAGGCUCUGAAGGAUGUGCCUCGGGAGUCCUACUACAUUGCCACCAAAGUGGCUCGCUAUGAACUUGACUACGAGAACAUGUUCGACUUUAGUGCCAAGAAAACCCGCGAGAGCGUCGAGAAAAGUCUGAAGUUGCUGGGCCUUGACUACGUAGACGUUAUUCAGAUUCAUGACAUCGAGUUUGCGAAGGAUCUGGAUAUUGUGAUCAAUGAGACGCUGCCAACUCUAGAGCAGCUGGUUAAAGAGGGCAAGGCCAGGUUUAUUGGAGUGUCUGCAUACCCGAUCUCGAUCCUUAAGGAGUUCCUAACCCGAGCGGCGGGAAGAUUGGAUACGGUCCUUACCUAUGCCAGGUACACCCUAAUUGAUGAAACGCUGCUGGAAUACCUGGACUUCUUCAAGUCCCAGAACCUGGGAGUCAUCUGUGCCGCAGCCCAUGCCCUCGGCAUGCUCACCAACGAUGGACCCCAGCCGUGGCAUCCGGCCAGUGAUGACCAAAAGGCCAUUGCCCGGAAAGCCUCGGAGAUCUGCAAGGAACGGGGAGUGGAGCUGGGCAAACUGGCCAUGUUCUACACUAUGAAGGGUCUGCCCGAGGUGAGCACCUUCCUCACGGGCAUGCAGACACGCAAGCUGCUGCGGAUCAACCUGGAGGCCUUCGAACUGGGACUCAACGAUAAGGAGCAGGAAGUGCUGCGAUACCUGAAAGAAAAUGUUUUGACUAAACAAUUCGAUUGGGAGGGCAACGAACUGGCGGUCUAUUGGGCAGCAUUGAAGAAGAAGUAAACAUUGAGGAUAACCCAAAAACAAAACGACAUAAAUAAAGACUUUAAUUGCAAUGUUUAAA